AUGUGGCCGCUGCUUUUAUUGAAUUUAGUGAAGUUGCAAGCGGCCCCCAAUGGAGAAUUCCAUCCCCGAGAAGAAACUGCAAAACUAUGGACGCAAACUGUCUGCGAAGAAACACCCGAGAACUCAAAAAACGCGGAAGAAAUCAAAAGCUGCUGCAAACAACCGAAGACGCGCAAGGGGACGUGGAACAUCAAACUAACUUUGCGUCCGCUGAUCAUGUUCCCUGGCGAGGAAUCGUACACAUAUCCCUACAGCCAUCGUUAUCUUAAGGACGUUUUCACAGUCGCACAGAAGAGCUCCAAUUCUAUUUUCAAAGAAACAAAAAGAAAGAAUCGCCGCAGAAAGAAACAAACUCCGAAAUCUGCUACGCUAAAGAACAUUUACGAGCUGCACAGAACUAACUUCGAGAGAAGCCAUCUGAUCUCAUCUGCUGCUGCCCAGCAAGGACCCCUUACUCAUGUUAUCAGCCGAAUCAAUCGAUGCGACAUCUUCCCUGUUAUUAUUGGGCCAGUUUCAUCGUACUCACUCAAUCGAGUGAUCCCUUUCACCUCCUUGUUUUUGGAUUUGCGAAUUAUUAGAGCGACUAACAUAUCCUUAAAUUAUACACAUGAGCGCGAAACAACGUGCGCUCUCCUGCAGGAGCUUCGGAAAAUUUCUCGAUUGAAGCAAAGCCUGACUAUUAACCACUCGAGUCAUUUCUCAAACUUGGCAUGA